AUGGCUACCACGUCGACGAAGUCUGAAUGGCUCGUCAUCAUCCCUGACAAGCCCGGUUCUCUCGCGACGCGCUUCGCUGUCCGCUCCACGCACCUCAAAGGCGUCGAGCCGUUUCGGGAUUCCGGCGUCUGGAAGAUGGGCGGCCCCAUCCUGCACGAACUUCCCGCCAACGACGAGCCUUCGAGUCUCAAAGUCAUUGGCAGCACCAUUGUAUGCGUGGCCGAGUCUAAGGAGGAAAUCAUGGAAAUGCUGAAAAGGGACGUCUAUGUCGACAGAGGCGUCUGGGAUCUCGAAAGAGUCCAAAUGUGGCCUGUGAGUCUGGUCAUGGCCACCCUGUGA